AUACCUUGCUUGUGGAACAAAUGUAGCCACCUUAAACUUAGCCAACCCUAGCCGCUUUUGAGGGACCAAAACAUAUAAAAUGCUGCCAUCGUCUUCUUAGGAGACUGCGUUGAGCACAAAUGAACUAGCGCUCCCAAUCUCGGCGUAUGCAUUGUACACAUUGAUCCUCCAGAUCAUUAAGUCUCGCGGAAGCUGACAACGAUGCGAACCCACUCCGUUGUCCUUGGUGUCUCCCUCGUCCUGGUUUCUGCUUGCGCUCUACCAACCAACGACAAAACUGUCGACCUUACGCCUUUAUCCGCCAAUCACCGAACCCAUGACAUUGAACACUCAUCCCGCAACAUCGGCGUCGACCAUCUACCGCGUGAACUCGUCCCGCGGACGUGCACCAGAAAUGGCUGCAAAUGCAAGAAAGGCACCAAGCAGGGGCAGUAUUGUGGUAAUGAUGGUAUUUGGACUUACGAUGUGACGGAUCUGGGGAUGGGUGGGAAGAGGACGGAUGUAUACGAGUGUGCGCCGAGUGGAGAUUGUUGUCGGUAUGGGCCAAGCAAGAAGUGCAUUCCGCCGAUCGGAUGAGCAAACGGUUCGGUUGCGCACGAGAGGUUUUGAGAUGGGAAAGGCAAUUGUCCAGGUAAGAAGUGGGACGAGUAACGGCAAGCAUAUACCGAAGAAUCCAUGCAAGUCACCGGGCAACUUGCAACUACAGUGUCCCGUACGAGCAAGGAUAGAUUGGUCAUGUCUGAUCCAGGGCCAGAAUCCAACCCUGCAUCACGGGAUAUUGUCUUGUUCUUUGACCGUAAGUGAAUAUUGAUCACGAUCGGAGUCAAAAGAAUCUAAUCCUCUCUUCCACUUGC